UCUUCAAACUGGCUGCUCCUUCGACUUACGGCAUGGACACUGCUGGAUACAUCUACGUUCCUGCAUCAUGCCAAAGUGGAGCAGUGUGCAAACUUCAUAUCGUCUUCCAUGGCUGCCUGCAGGCCAGAGAAAAACUCGGUGACAAAUACGCAAGAAACACCGGAUACAACCAGGUGGCCGACCUGAAUAACUUCAUCAUCCUGUAUCCACAAGCCAAGUCCAACAUGUCUAACCCCAACGGAUGCUGGGACUGGUGGGGAUUCAGCAGCUAUGCUUAUGCGAACAAGAACGGAUAUCAGAUGACCGGAGUGGAGAGGAUGAUGCUGAGGACCCUGGGGCAGUACUAAUGGAAAAGACAGAAGAGGGGG